AUGGCUGUUCGCGCUCAAUUCGAAAACUCCAACGAAGUCGGUGUCUUCGCCACGUUGACAAAUUCAUAUGCUCUCGUAGCUAUCGGUGGUUCGGAGAACUUCUACAGUGUCUUUGAAGCCGAACUUGCAGAUGUUAUUCCAGUUGUCCACACUACCAUCGCUGGCACAAGAAUCAUCGGCCGUCUAACGGCAGGAAACCGCAAAGGUCUCCUCCUCCCCACCUCCACCACCGACCAAGAACUCCAACAUCUUCGUAACUCCCUUCCUGACUCGGUAAAAAUCCAACGAAUCGAAGAACGUCUCUCCGCCCUCGGAAACGUAAUCUGUUGCAACGACCACGUCGCCCUCGUCCACCCUGACAUCGAGCGUGAAACCGAAGAACUUGUCGCCGAUGUCCUGGGCGUAGAAGUCUUCCGUCAGACUAUUGCAGAAAAUGUUCUGACAGGGAGUUACUGUGCUCUGAGUAACCAGGGUGGAAUAGUCCAUCCUCAAACAAGUAUAAAGGAUCAGGAUGAGUUGAGUAGUUUGUUGCAGGUUCCUUUGGUUGCUGGCAGCGUCAAUCGUGGUAGUGCGGUUGUUGGUGCUGGUAUGGUGGUUAAUGAUUGGAUGGCUGUUACUGGUCUUGACACAACUGCCACAGAACUAUCGGUUAUCGAAUCGGUAUUCAGACUCGGUGAAGGACAGGCCCCGUCGAACGUCCAAUCCACGCUGAAGGACAGCUUGGUUGAGAGCUUCUACUAA